AAUCAUUCGCCGCCCGGAAGUUAUAUUAUUCAUAAAUAUAACAAAACACGUAUAAAAACUGGCCUUCGUUCGCCAUGUUUAGAUCAUAUCAGAUUAUUCCCCAGCACACCCGCAAAAUGCAUUUUGGAAACUGUUUCAUAGCCCUCUCGGCUGCAUUGCUACUGACCGAAUGCCAGUCGCAAUAUCAGUCGGCCUACGCUCCCUUUCCUCAACUUGACGUGUCUUCUCCGGGUUUCGGAUUUCCCGGACGUUUUCCUUCCAUGAGGCGCCAUUUCAAUCCGUUCGACAACGUCUACAACGAGGAAGGUCGUAAACUAACCUGCAGGAUGGUCUGCAGCGAAACCGCAAUCGAAAAGGCCUCCAGUUCCUCCGAAGAGAAACAGUCCUAAUGAGUUUGCCGCACAUACGAAUCUGACUAAAGAUCAAUAAAAUAUUGCCCAACUUC